AUGCCCAGGAAAAGGAAUAUCGAAAUGCCACCGAGCGAUAAACGGUGCGUUCCAAUAAGCAUCGACAAGGACGCCAGAGAUUUUGAGAAUGAACACGUACACGAUGUCUAUGAGGAAAUCGCUCCACACUUUUCACACACCAGGUAUAACCCUUGGCCGAGUGUUUUACGUUGCAUUGACAAAUGCCCUUCGUUUGGUGUGGUCCUUGACGUUGGCUGUGGCAAUGGCAAGUAUCUGAGUUACAGGAAUGACUUGGUCUUUGUUGGUAGUGACAGAUGCAAAUCGUUGCUUGAGAUCGCCUUACAAAAGGGAUCGGAUUUGUGCAUUUGUGACUGUAUUAAACUGCCAUUCAACGACCAAGUUGCAGAUUUGGCAAUUUCUAUCGCAGUUAUCCAUCACGUCGCAUCUAGGGAGGGACGUGUUCGAGCGAUUUCCGAAAUGCUCAGAUGCACAAAACCCGGUGGGACAAUUCUGGUGUACGUUUGGGCAAUGGAACAGGAACGGGAUACGAUUGGGUACAGGAGCUUCGAGUCAAACGAUGUCUUGGUGCCAUGGCACCUACAGAGCAGAUAUUGCAAGGAGAGAACUAGUGCACCGGAUACACUCGUAAACUACAAGAGAUACUAUCACGUGUUUUCAAAGGACGAGGUGCUCGAACUCUGCAAAGAAUUCUCAGACCAGGCAACCUUUGAAAUUCGCUUCGAGGCAAACAAUUGGAUCAUUGAAAUGUCGAAAUUUGCGUGA